UAAACACAAAGCAGAGGCCCAAUCAUUAAUCAACCGCACUGCAGUCUGCAGCUCAUUUUUUUCCCGCUAGUUUCUCUUCUGCAUCUUUCCCCACAGUUUUCGCGGCUAUUUUUGUUUUCUCUCACCUGUGUUUGUGUGAGAGAGAAGUGCAGGGGAGGCGAUGAACUCGAGAGAUAUAGCUCUGUUUUCCGCCGCAGCUGUGUUAGGUGCGGUGUCCUCCGCCGUCGCCUUCAGCCACUUCUUCAACUUCAGAGAACCCAAAAGCAGCUGCUCCCAUAACGGUGUCGUAAAGAAGAAACCCUCUCGCCAGAACCCCUUUGACCCCGCAAAACGAAACGGGUAUCUGUCCUGGGAUGAUUAUUUUAUGGCAAUUGCAUUUCUAUCAGCUGAGAGGUCCAAGGAUCCAAAUAGACAGGUUGGUGCUUGUUUGGUGAGCGAGAAGGGAAUCAUACUAGGUAUUGGCUACAAUGGGUUCCCACGUGGUUGCUCAGAUGACAAGCUACCUUGGUCUAAGAAAUCCAAGAGUGGGGAUCCCCUGGAGACAAAGUACCCUUAUGUAUGUCACGCUGAAGUCAAUGCAAUCUUAAACACAAAUCAUGCAUCUGCUGCAGGGCAAAGGCUUUACGUGACCAUGUUUCCUUGCAACGAAUGUGCAAAGAUUAUUAUUCAGGCAGGUGUUUCAGAAGUUAUCUACUAUGUGGAAAAGCAACUGGAUAACCCUGAUUCUGCUUACGUUGCUUCUCACAAACUUCUAUCUAUGGCAGGCAUAAAAGUAAGGAGACAUCAGCCUCAGAUGGAUCAGGUCUUGAUCAAAUUCUACGAAUUAUAGGAUCUUUUCAUUGUUUCUCAAUACGACCACUCUGUUUCCUUGCCCUCCAUCACAUAUGCUGUAAAUGAAUACACUUUGGGGGAACUCGUAUAAGAAGAGUGGAAGGCUUCAACGUCGAGAGCAAGAUGAGCCCCCCACACGUUAAAGAUCUUAUGGUGUUUGCUUGCCUUGAAAUCGAAGUUUGGUGGCUUAUUUGGUGGGGUGUCGAAGUUUUACUGUAGUGAUAUCAUAUCGACCUUGGUCUAUUUGAUCGAUCUUUGAUGUUUACGAGUAGAUGUGUUUUGUUGUGUCAUAUGUUUGUGAAGAUCAUGCAACUUCAGCUUCGGAUUGUAUCCUUUUGCAGUUUGUGAGAAGAGAAUUUUUUCCUUAAAUUAUAA